AUGGGCAAGCAGAACACCUACCCCUGGCCGGGUGUCAUGACGAGCCCGAACCACAACGCUACAAACUUUCUCGGUCACGAUCUUUCUUCUAUGAGCGGCGCGCCCGGGUCCGAAGCUGAAUACGGCGGCGCGGCGCGAUCGAGGUCCCGAACUGGCAGCCCGCAGGGACAUCACGUCCUCACCCCCGAGCAGCGAGAGCUCAAAAGGCAGAUGGACCAGGUGCGAAGAGACAACAAGUCUGCCUCUCGAUUCCGAAGAUCCAACAGCAACACCUACCUUCCAGACGCGUCUUCGGCGAUGAACGUGCCCAUCUACACAUCCUCCAUGGCCCCCAUUUCGCUUCUCGCAGAGCCCGCGAACUCUGUUCCGACCCAGAGCUACCUGUCCCCCUAUGCGCAACCGCUGGCAGAGCAGGACGCGGGAUCCAUGUCCAACGUACCAAUCAUCGGACUCUGCUUACGGCCCCCUCGAUCCGCGUCUUAUUCCACAGGGAGUGACCCGAACCUCAUGUAUCCCAUGGGCGCCGGAAUGCCCGGAAACGGUGUUCCUCUGAGCGGCCAUGAGUCGGGCCAGGUUAGGGUUGUUCAAACGCGGCCAAAGCCGCAAUGUUGGGAGCACGGAUGCAACGGACGACAGUUUUCUACUUUUAGCAACCUCCUUCGGCACCAGCGAGAAAAGUCGGGUCAAGCAUCGAAAGCGACGUGUCCUAACUGUGGCGCCGAGUUUACGAGGACAACUGCUCGAAACGGACACUUGCUCCAGGGCAAGUGUAAGAAGAGGGGCGCUUCGGAUGACGCUGGCCAACCGUUGUCUAGGUCGCCAUCAGCGUCUUCGCUAGCCGAUGAUGUGCGCCAACUCCACGAUCCAGCUCUAAGGGACUAG